CGCGCGGGCGGGGCCGAGCUCCGUGUGCCCGGGCCCGGGGUGUUGCCGCCGCCGCCUUCUCGCCGCAGGAUAGCAGUUUUGGGUUGUGACCAACUCCAGCACUACAGGAACCACGGUUUCCAGUGAAGAGCCACUGCUUUCACAAGUUCUGAAACUACCAGCCAGUCUUCCUUGAAUUUUGGUGUGUGUGAGUCCUUGGUGGAGGUUGCAUAUAUACAUGUUUUCAUGAAGAGAAGUGAGAAGCCCGAAGGUUAUAGACAAAUGAGGCCUAAGACUUUUCCUGCCAGUAACUAUACUGGCAGCAGCCAGCAGAUGCUACAGGAAAUACGAGAGAGCCUCAGGAAUUUACCUAAACCCUCAGAUGCUGCUAAAGCUGAUCACAGCAUGGGCAAAAUGUUAUCUGAAGAUCCUAGGCAAGGCCGAACCCCCAAAUUUGUAACAUAUCAUAAAGUUUUGCAGGAGAUAAGAAACUCACUUCUGCCUUUUGCAAAUGAAACAACCUCAGCUGUCAAAGGAACGUCAGAAAUUAAUCGACAAAUGCUGCAAGACUUACAAGCUGCUGGCUUUGAUGAGGAUAUGGUUAUACAAGCUCUUAGACAAACAAACAACCGUAGUAUAGAAGCUGCCAUCGAAUUUAUAAGUAAAAUGAGCUACCAGGAUCCUCGUCGGGAACAGAUGGUUGCAGCAGCAGCAAGACCUGUAAACACAGGUAUGAAACCACCAGGGUCUGUACAGCAAUCAGUUAACCGCAAGCAGAGCUGGAAGGGUUCUAAGGAGUCCUUGGUUCCUCAGAGGCACGGUCCUUCCCUGGGAGAUGGUGUAGUUUAUCGCUCGGAAAGUCCCAGCUCUCAGCCUGAUGUAGGAAGGCCAUUAUCUGGAUCUGGCAUUGCAGCAUUUGCUCAGGCUCAUCCUGGCAACGGACAAAGAGUGAAUCCCCCACCUCUACCACAGAUAAGGAGUGUCACUCCUCCUCCUCCACCUCCUCGAGGACAGACACCCCCUCCAAGGGGAACUACUCCUCCACCUCCUUCCUGGGAACCAAACUCUCAAACAAAGCGUUACUCUGGAAACAUGGAAUAUGUGAUCUCCCGUAUUUCUCCAGUGCCACCAGGAGCAUGGCAGGAUGGUUAUCCACCUCCACCUAUGAAUCCUCCACCCAUAAAUUCUUCCACGCAGGGUCAGAGAGGCAUGAGCGCUGUCCCCAUUGGCAGGCAACCAAUAAUCAUGCAGAGUUCUGCCAACAGCAAAUUUAGUUUCCCCUCAGGAAGAGCUGGAAUGCAAAAUGGCAAUUGUCAGGCAGAAUUCAUAGUUCACCAGAAUGUGGUGUCUGGGAACUCAGUGAGUCGCCAGCCACCCCCAUACCCCAUGAAUCCAACUAACAGGCAAAGUCCCACAGCACUACAGAUGCAGGCAGGAGGAUCUGCUCCUCCUUCAGCAUACACCAAUGGGAAUCUGCCUCAGGCAAUGAUGGUGCCAAAUAGAAAUAGUCACAACAUGGAACUUUAUAAUACAAAUGUAGCUGGAAUACCUGCGUCCUGGUCACAGCCUUCCCCUGUGCAACCGCAGUCAUCACCUGGCAAUGGGCAUGACAUGCCUACAUGGCAACCCAAUGUUCCCGUACGGUCAAAUUCUUUCAACAACCAUCAUGGAAAUAGGCAGAGUCACUCAAGCAGCUCUCAGCCUUCAGCUACAACAGUAACAGCUAUAACGCCAGCUCCCAUUCAGCAACCGGUAAAAAGUAUGCGUGUGUUAAAACCAGAGCUACAGACUGCCUUAGCACCCACUCACCCUUCCUGGAUGCCACAACCAGUGCAAACCGUUCAGACCAUUCCCUUCUCUGAGAGUCCAUCUACAAAUAUGGCAGUUAUGUCUCCUGUUGCAGAGGCUCCAAAUUACCAGGGUCCCCCACCACCUUACCCAAAACACUUGUUACACCAGAAUCCCUCUGUCAAUCUGUAUGAGACAGGACCUAAGCUCAACAAGGAGGAACCACCUAUUUUAUCCAAGGAGGAUGAGAAUGAAAAGAAUUAUGAAUGUGUUGAUUCAACAGAUAAAGAAAAGAAACAAAUUACAACAUCACCUGUUCCUGUUAGAAAAAACAAGAAAGAUGAAGAAAGAAGAGAGUCUCGCAUUCAAAGCUAUUCACCUCAAGCCUUUAAAUUCUUCAUGGAGCAGCAUGUGGAGAAUAUACUCAAGUCACAUCAGCAGCGUUUGCAUCGGAAAAAACAACUAGAGAAUGAAAUGAUGAGGGUUGGAUUGUCACCAGAAGCCCGAGAUCAAAUGAGGAGAAUGUUGUGCCAGAAAGAGUCUAAUUAUAUUCGGCUAAGAAGAGCUAAAAUGGACAAGUCGAUGUUUGUAAAAAUUAAAACCCUGGGAGUUGGUGCGUUUGGAGAAGUUUGCCUAGCAAGAAAAGUGGAUACUAAUGCUUUAUAUGCAACAAAAACUCUGAGGAAAAAAGAUGUCUUGCUUAGAAAUCAAGUUGCUCAUGUUAAAGCUGAGCGGGAUAUCCUUGCAGAAGCUGAUAAUGAAUGGGUGGUUCGCCUGUACUAUUCAUUCCAAGAUAAGGACAAUUUGUACUUUGUAAUGGACUACAUUCCAGGAGGUGAUAUGAUGAGUCUCCUAAUUAGAAUGGGUGUCUUUCCAGAAAAUCUGGCACGGUUCUACACAGCAGAACUGACCUGCGCAGUUGAAAGUGUUCAUAAAAUGGGCUUCAUCCACAGAGAUAUUAAACCUGAUAAUAUCUUGAUAGACCGCGAUGGUCAUAUUAAAUUGACUGACUUUGGGCUCUGUACAGGUUUUCGAUGGACCCACGAUUCAAAAUACUACCAGAGUGGUGAUCAUGCACGUCAAGACAGUAUGGAUUUCAGCAAUGAAUGGGGCGACCCAGCAAAUUGCAGGUGUGGAGAUCGGCUGAAGCCACUUGAACGUAGGGCUGCACGUCAGCAUCAGCGCUGUCUGGCCCAUUCCCUUGUUGGCACACCCAAUUAUAUUGCGCCAGAAGUAUUGUUACGAACAGGUUACACACAGUUGUGCGACUGGUGGAGUGUUGGAGUAAUUCUCUUUGAAAUGUUAGUGGGGCAGCCUCCAUUCCUGGCACAAACACCACUGGAAACACAAAUGAAGGUUAUCAACUGGCAAACUGCACUUCAUAUUCCACCUCAAGCUAAAUUGACUCCAGAGGCCUCCGACCUUAUUAUUAAACUCUGCCGAGGGCCAGAAGAUCGUUUAGGCAAAAAUGGUGCAGAUGAAAUAAAAGCUCAUCCAUUUUUUAAAACAAUUGAUUUUUCAAGCGAUCUACGGCGGCAGUCUGCUUUCUACAUUCCCAAAAUUGCUCAUCCUACGGACACGUCAAACUUUGAUCCAGUUGAUCCAGAUAAAUUGUGGAGUGAUGAUGAUAAGGAAGGGAACAGAAAUGAUACACUUAAUGGGUGGUACAAAAAUGGAAAACAUCCUGAACAUGCUUUUUAUGAGUUCACCUUCCGAAGGUUUUUUGAUGACAAUGGCUACCCAUACAACAAUCCAAAGCCCAUUGAGUAUGAGUAUGGUAGUUCCCAAAACUCAGAACAGCAGUCAGAUGAUGAUGAUGAUGAACAGGCAGGUAGAGGAGUUCAAAAUCGUGACCUGGUUUAUGUUUAGUAGAGGAAUAAAGAUUAAAAACUAAAUAAACUUAUUUUGCAGCUGCAAUUUUUGAAGAGUCUCUUAAGAGAAUUGAGAGAGGAUUGCUAGGGUAAAUACAUGCACACUUUUUUUUUUUUUUUUAAAACACUAAGAAAAUUGUGUCUUCUCUUUCCCUCUGUGUACAUUUUGUUUCCCCAGAAUACAGGGAAAUCCUUCUCAAAUAUUAAUUUAUUCCAGCAUUGUUAAUUGUUUAAUUUAGAAGCGAUUUGAUGUUAGGUGAAAAAAAAAAAAAAUCACUUGAAUUUUAUUAUCGGUUCUCUGUACUCUAAGUACUCAAAAUAGGAAAUAGUGAUCAUUAUUUUUUUUUUUCCUAAGAUGAUGCCUAGUAUCUAUUUGUACAUAUGCUGAAUAAUUUUAGAAAACAAAUCUCUGCUUCAGAAUUUUUAAUGACAGUUUUUCCUUGCAUUGACCAAAUAUAAAACCAACUUUACACUAAUAAAGCUCUCUGAUACGUUUCUGGGGGAAAAAAAAAAAGAGGCUGCUCUACCCUCACUUCUCACUGUAUUUAGCCUAAUUAUUCACAGUGUUGGAAAAACUGAGCCAUCUAUCUGGUGAAAUGUUUCCAGCUGCUGUGGUAGUGGCAUAGUUCUCAGCUUUGGAACAAGAAAGUGUCAGUCUUGGCUAUAGUAUGAUUGUAAAGAGAUAAAGCAUUCAAACUAGUAGUAAUUGAAUUUGACACUAGUAAUGCUCUAGCAUGUGACUGGUACUCUCAAAGCAGAAGAAGUGCUCACUCAGAAACAACUUGAUUGUCUCCUGUCAUCAGUUCUUCUAUAGUUAUGAGAGGAAAAGAAGCUUUAGGAAAACACUUUCUGGAAUCUAGUUUAAUUUUCUGACUACAACCAAACUGUAAAGUGUGUACAGUUCUGCUUUAGUUGGAAUUUUUAGUUUGAAAAAUAAAUUUUAGAAUAGUUUCUUUAUUAUAUGUUUGAGAUAGUAAUGGGAAAAGAUUAUAAAUUACGACUUUUGAGACUGUUGUUGGAGAGACCAGUUUCACUUGGCUUUAACAGUUUUCCUCCUAGUUACACAGACAGUGAGGAGAAAUGUCGUGCACCAGUCCAUCUGAGCCAUCAGUAAGGUUCAGUGGUCCAUCUUUCACAGCCCAAUUCAGAACAGCAUUAGGAACUUAUGGCUGUGUCUGCUGCCUUCUGCGUUAGGGUUUUCAUAUUUUCCCGCAGCAGGUGAGCAGGCAUCCCCUUGGGUCUCAUGGUGGGAGGGUACUGAGCCUGUUGAGGUUACUGGGAGCAGGGAGGGAGGCAACCCUCUAAGCAGCUUCCCUGAGACAAGACCAGGAGUUACACGUGAGAGGCAGAAAGAAUUAUGGUUUUUCUCUCUCUGUUCCCCCCCCCCCCCCGAAGCUAACACAGUGGCAAAGAAAGUGCACUAAUUUUAGUAAACUUCCUGUCUUUUAAAACAUUUCCUCCCCCAUGGAAUUGAAUUCCAGUGGAUAAUCUAAUAAUGUGCCUGUAAGCAUUACUGCUUUCUUAAAUUAUUAUUUGUGCCAUUGCACUGGCAUUGUGACUAUC